AUGUGCGGUAUCGAUUCAGCUGAUGGCAAAACCCCUUGCGCUCUCAAGCUCUGCUGCAGCUACUACGGUUGGUGCGGGACCGAAGAUGUGCACUGCUACGAUCCCGAGCCGCAAUUCGGCAAAACGCCAUGCCAGCAAGGUUUUGGGUCGUGCCAGAAGUAUCCAUCUCCAUCAUGCAGUGGGAAUUCUGCGUCUACAGGCCGCAGAGUUGGAUAUUAUGCAGGCUGGAAUACCCGGGAGAGACUUUGCGACAAAGUCAGUCCAUCGCAGAUCAACACCAAGGGACUGACGCAUCUGUUUUACUCAUUCGUCUUUUUCGACCCAAGUAGUUCCAACAUCGUCCCGAUGAACGCGGCGGAUGUGGACUUGUACAGAGAGUUUACAAAGCUCGCGACAAACGGCCUGCAAACUUGGGUGGCGAUAGGAGGCUGGAGCUUUUCCGAUAAGGGGCCGUAUCGCACUGCUUGGAGCGAUAUGUGUGGUUCAGCUGCGAACCGCGCUGCGUUCAUCAAGUCGACAAUUGCCUUCAUGGAGCAAUAUGGCUUUCAGGGCGCGGAUCUCGACUGGGAAUAUCCCGCGGAAGUGAAGAGAGGUGGUCGACCAGGCGAUGCCGACAACCUGGUGCUUUUGGUAAAAGAGAUGCAAGCUGCGUUUGCUGGACGCUUUGGCCUGUCAUUGACACUAGCGCCCGACUACUGGUAUUUACGUGGCUUCAAACCGAAAGCUAUGGAGCCGUAUGUUGACUUCUUCGGCUUUAUGGCUUACGAUCUUCAUGGCCCAUGGGACACCGAUGUAAAGGCACUUGGUUCCAUUGUCCGCCCCCAGACCGACAUCACCGAAAUCUACCAAAACUUCAAGCCUCUCUGGUUCGACGGCGUCGAUCCAAAGAAAGUCAACAUGGGUCUCGCAUAUUACGGGCGCAGCUACAAACUCGCAGAUGCCUCCUGCAGCAAGAUGGGAUGUGCUUUCAAAGGCCCAGGCGCUGCCGGAGAAUGCACUGCCUUUGAAGGUGUCCUGUCGAAUCGCGAGAUUCAGUCAAUGAUCAAGAAGGAGGGGAUUACGCCAUACUUCAAUCAGACUGCUAUGGUCAAGUAUUUUACCUAUGCGGGUGAUAGUUGGGUCGGCUACGACGACGACGAAACGCUUGCGCUCAAAGAAUCAUUCGCGAAUUCCUUGUGCCUCGGUGGGCUCAUGAUUUGGUCCAUUGAUUACGACGCACAGGCAGGCGCCCAGCUUCCAAGCGACACUGGGAACGACAAGGACCUUGUCUGGGUCUCGCCUGAGAUCUGGAAGCAGCCGAAUCCGCAAGUCUACUGUCAAUUCCCAUGUACGGUCGUGCUUCCACCAUUCCAGGGUGUUACCACGACGACGGCAUAUCCACUGGUAACUGUCACGAGCUCAGGAUACACGACGACUAUAACGAGGCCACCGAUGACUAUUUCCGUUUGGUGGAUUUCAACGAUUGUCGUUGGGCAGUCGUCUGGCGACGAGACUAUUACACCCGGCGUUACACUGCUGACAACCAAGACCUGGCCUGCGUUUGAGACGACUGACUCUGCGGGACGUGUCUUCCACACAAGGGCCACGGAGACACCCAGUCCACCACCGCCAUUCAUAUCUUCUGCAAUUCCUCGCAUCACUUUCAUCUCUGGUCUUCCGGUACGGCCAACAACAACGCCUUACCCUACACCGUGCGCAACGCUUCCAGGACUUUGUACACCCGGCGAAGAAGAACAAGAAGAUCCUGAUGAUGAAAAUGAUGAUGACAACGCCCCGGGUGGCCACAAAGGAGACGGAGGCUGUACAGGCGAUGACUGCGAUUCUGGCGGCUGCGGCAGCUCCUGCGGCGGUUGCAAAUUGGGGCUACUCUGCAACAUCUGCAUUGGCUUCAAUUGCGUGCCGAACGUGGGAUGCCACGGGCUCAACUGCUUGUCAUGCAAAGGCCCCCUGUGCAAUCUUUGCACAGGCGCAAACUGCUCUGGCUGCAAAGGGCCAGAAUGUACUACUUGCAAGGGCGAGGACUGCGUCUCUUGCAAGAGGGGUAAGUGCGGUAGCACUACUUGCACGGAUCUUCAGUGUCAACCAGGCACACAUCCAGACGGUCCGGAUGAAGAAGAAGAUGACGAUGAAGACGGAAAAUGCCAGUGGAACGGCGGCGGAGAUUCAGAUGACGGCGGCGGUGAUGGAGGCAGUGGCGGCUCUGGCGGCUCUGGCGGAACGGUUCCAGGAAGCGGCAACACCCAGGUUCCAGCAAGUAGCACCCCAAAGGUCUCCGGCAUAAUGCCCUCGGAAACCAACGGCGGAGGCGGCGGCGGAAGCACCACCACCAAGCCAUCCGCAACCCCCAUCCAAACCCCUGACUUCUCCAACCCGAGCACCAAUACGAAUGCGUGCUACGACAACGGCCAAAUGGCCACGCGCGAGCACAUUCUCCAAGCCGCGGACAUAUUCUGCAAGACAUACGACGGCGUCGUCUUCGCAAACUCCUUCCAAGCCGCCGUGGUCGGUUUUGGCUGGCAAGAAGUGCACAAGUCCGGGCUCAACAUUCUAAUCCGGCUCGAAGCAAAGUACAACUGCCGCUGGCAAAUGAACGCGGACGAAUGCGUCAAAAAGUUCACCGCGCUCGUAGACGGGUGCGACCAAGAAGGUAUCAUCGACAAGCAAGGCGGCGUCCGACAGAACAACUGUCUCCUCUGGCAAAUCGACCCAGAGCAAAACAACGACGUCGAGCCACCUCCAGCCCCAGAACCUGAGCCUGAACCCGAGCCACCAAGACCUAGCGUGCCUGAAACCAAAGAGGAUCGCAAACCAAGGUUCGAUCUCUAUGCAUCUUCAACAACUAGACCGAAUGGGAUUUCCUCGUGGAACGCACGGUACGGUCAACAGGGCGUUGCCUACUACGAAGACUACAGCACAUGCAGUGUAGCUUUUGGGUGGGAGAACGGGAACGUUAUUAGAGACGCUUCUAUGCCGAACUCGAUCAAGGGUAUUACAAAAGUCUUCAGUGACACGUGCGACUACGUUUCUUCUAUUGACCACAAGGAUGCCAAGAAUGGUGAUCGGGUCGGGGAGUUGAAGUGUAGCAAGUACGCUUCUGCGACUUGUCGAAGAGCAGACAAGGUAACUACGUGCGGCCUGACGAACUAUCUCCUUCGUGUUACAUGUGCUUGGGAUUAUUAG